AUGGAAAAGAGUAGAGAUGCAUCAUCACCAACACGUUACUUGUUGAAGAUUGAAUCAUUUUCGUUGCUCUCAGAAAAUGGUAUUUACAAGUAUGAAUCAAAUGAGUUCGAAUCCGGUGGCUUCAAUUGGAAAAUGAUCAUUCAUCCUGACGGAGAUGGAGAUGGAGCAGGCCAUAUAUCUGUUUACUUGGCUAUUAGUGAGAAAAGUGCUGUUUGGGAGGUGAAUGCCUCAUUUAGCUUCUUGAUAUUUGAUCAAAUUCAUGACAACUAUACUGUAAUGAAAGGAAUGGAGAGUCAUUUUCGCAAUAUCAAGACUGAAUGGGAUUUCUCGAAAUGUAUCUCACAUGAAACAUUCAAAGAUCCAUCUAAUGGUUACCUUGUUGAUGACAAAUGUAUCUUUGGAGUUGAUGUAUAUGUCAUCAAGAACCAGGGAAUAGGUGAAUGUAUGUCCUUAUUGAAUGGAACCAAGCUUUAUAAGCACGAAUGGAAGAUUACCGAGUUCACGAAAUUGAAGAAUGAAGUGUAUUCUGAGGAGUUUACUGUUGAAGAUUAUAAAUGGAAACUUUUGUUAUAUCCUAGAGGUGAUAGCAGACAAAAUGGUCAGAAUAUCUCCAUCUAUCUUGAAUCAGUUGAUGCUAAAGGAUUUGAUCGCCAAAAAAGUGUCAGAGCAAAAUUUAGCAUUUCCGUCAAAAACCAGAUUUGUGGUUAUAAACAUCACAACAGUGAUAGUUCAAAUUGGUACUCAGCUGCUACAAAGAGUUGGGGCUGGACAUCAUUUAUGUCAUGUUGUGAAUUCAAUGAUCCUAAAAAGGGCUUUCUUAUUGAAGACUGUUGCAUUCUGGAAGCUGAGGUUUCUAUAGUUGGCGUUGUUAAUUGUUUAACUUAA